AUGAUAGCAGCAGAAGAGUUCACCUUUCCCGUGAUUAGCAGCAACGCCACUGACACUGUCAAUCUCACACUUCUGCCGCCUCUCUGGAGAAUCUCCGAUUCCGACGAGACGACCUCCGCCGCCAGACAACGGCGGCCAUUCGCCAGCCAAAUUAUCAAGACCGAUGAUGAGGCGGAGAAGGGCCAAGGAGCAGAGGCAGAAGCGGAAUCGCAGGAGAAGAUGGACCUACUGUGGGAGGAUUUCAACGAGGAAUUGCAGAGUUCCGCCGAUUCUUCCGGUUCCGAAUUCAGUGAAGAAACUAGUCAACAUCAUUGUGAUGAAUUUGAAGAUCUAGAAGAGUGCGCUAACGUGCGCCAGUUAAAACUGAUCCGUGCAAAGCCGAAGAAGAUGGAAUCGCUGGUGAAGGUGAUGAAGAAGCUUUUCUCGCUCAGCAACCAACAAAAGAGCAAUCACCAUUGA